AUGGUCGGCCGCAAAAACGUGCGCCGCAGCUCACAGACUGGCGCUUCCAUGGAUGUCACCUAUACUCCUACCACCCGCCGUAUCAGCAAAGCGAAGAAGGGGAAGCGUGUACAUGCCUGCGAGUUCCCUGGCUGCAACAAGGUCUUCACCCGCGCUGAGCACCGCAGACGCCAUGAAUUGAAUCACAACCCCGAAGCCUCGUACCGUUGUUCCGAGAGUGGCUGCAAGAAGGCCUUUCACAGGCCGGAUUUACUGGCCCGCCACAUGGAGAGACAUGAGCUCGAGUCACAACCGGAAUCUCAAUGGGCUUUACAGCGCCAGACGCCCGUCAUUAAUGACCCGACUCCCGUUCCCCACUGCUUGCCUAUGGAUAGCGCAUCUCUCCUCGACACCACUCCCCAGCAAUCGAGCUCCAUGUCGGUUGGGUCUCUCGUGGCUCCUGGCGUGCACCCGGAACUCGCCAGUGACUGCUCUCUGGUGUGGAACGGCAUGAGCCUCCCUCUGCAGCAGCGCCCAUCAGCAAACUUGUUUCAGAAUCACCUCCCCGAAACCGUCGACAGCCCCUUCUACUCUUCGCCUGCAGAGACCUGCCCUUCGCCUCUAUCCGAUGCAACUUUCUCCCUCCCUCCUCACUCCAGUUCCUCCAUUUCCUCCGCAUCCGUUUCAGUUAUUGAACACUACCCCAAAAAUAUCUUGAAGAGCGACAUCACCUCUUCUCCGCUCCAGAUGCAUUCACCAUUGCGAUGGGACGGCCACGACGGCCUGCCGCCUUCACAUAUGGUGCCCAUCUCUCUGGAAGAGAGCUUGGUCCAGCCUCCUGUUCAGUGCCACUACCCUUCCCCCUCUUGGUCCAGCGCCGACUGCUUGCCAUACGACGAACAUGUGCAUUCCCUGGCUCACUUCCAGUCCAUGAAUUGGAAGCAGUGGGCCAUGUGA